GACGGAUUGUAUAAUAAUCUUAAAUGAGUAAAGAGGAUACUAAAUUUGUAGUAUUCAGUAUAGCCAUUGACCGGAAGAGUAGCCCGAGGAUGCAAUGGAUGAAAGAGUUAGUUAUAAAUAUCCGCCUUGGCUACAUCCUCCACAGCGUCCAAGAAUGGUUCGCGAAUCGGAUUUUGUGGAAAUAGUUCAAAUUUUUCGUGACUUUUACUCUCCUACACCAAACUCGAAAAACCUGGCUCAACAAAAUGAAAUGGGGGAGUCGAAUAUACCCGGGACCAAGACGUCCGAAACCAUCAGGGGACGUAGCAUGAGUCUCGAGGCUAUGCAGGCCCUUUUUGAACUCAAAGAAAACAAUCAACUCUGCGAUGCGACUAUAGUGCUCGACGACGGCUCGGAGAUACCCGUCCACAGAGCACUGCUUUGUGCUUGCAGUGCCUAUUUUAGAGCCCUAUUCAUGACCACUCUUCAUAAUAAAGAAAAGACGAGAGUACAUCUUCCCGGCUUAUCUUCGGAGAUGCUUCAAACCCUCCUGGUCUACGUUUACCUGAGAAAGUUGAAUUUGAACGACGAAAAUGUGUAUUCCAUCCUCAUAGCAGCCGACUACUUGAGUUUACUCGGAGCGUUAGAGUUGUGCUGCGAUUAUCUAGAAACCAUACUAAGACCGUCCAAUUGUCUAAGUAUUCUUCAGUUCGCCAAAGAUCAUUUUUGCGGUAAACUGCAAAAAAACACAUGGAAGUACAUUUUACGGAAUUUUACGCAAAUUGCCAGCCAGAGUCUGGAAAUUUUAAACUUAAAUUUAGUUCAACUACAAGAAAUCAUUAACUCCGAUGAUCUGAACGUAAAAAGCGAAGAGACAGUUUGGGAAGUUAUUUUAAAAUGGAUCGAAUAUGAGCCAGAUCAAAGAAGAGAGCAUAUAGUACAGCUUAUGAAAUGCAUCCGCUUGGGCCUUCUGGAUACUCAGUUUUUCUUAGAACGAGUAAAGGACCACCCGUACGUCGCCAGCAGCGAAGCUAGCAGACCAAUGAUCAUCGAGACCCUUAAGUUCCUGUACGAUUUGGAAAUGAUAACUCACAGUCAAACUUUGCGAGGUUCUGAAUUCUUAUUAAUUUGGUCUGACAGAGAUGGGGAAGUAAUUACGCCAGAAAUUGCUCGCCCAAGAGUGCCUCACGAGAUACUUUUUGCCAUAGGAGGGUGGAGCGGUGGUUCACCGACCAACUUUAUAGAAACUUACGACACCCGGGCCGACAGAUGGGUUAAAGUUGAGGAGGUGGAUCCAAUCGGACCUAGAGCAUAUCACGGCACUGCCGUGGUAGGCUUUAACAUAUAUGUCAUCGGAGGUUUCGAUGGCAUGGACUAUUUUAAUUCUUGCCGUUGCUUUGACGCUGUCAAUAAAACUUGGAGGGAGAUAGCGCCAAUGCAUGCGCGACGUUGUUACGUCAGCACCACGGUCAUGGACGAAAUCAUUUACGCCAUGGGCGGUUACGAUGGUCAUCAUCGGCAAAACACGGCUGAGAGGUACGACUUCAAAACCAAUCAGUGGACCCUCACAGCCCCGAUGAAUAUGCAACGCUCCGAUGCUAGUGCCUGCACAUUGAACGGGAAAAUUUAUAUAACGGGUGGUUUUAAUGGUCAAGAAUGCAUGCACUCGGCGGAAGUUUACGAUCCGGAAGCGAACCAAUGGACCUUGAUCGCUCCGAUGAGGUCCAGGCGAUCCGGAGUCUCGUGCAUUGCGUACCACGAACAAGUUUAUGUCGUUGGAGGGUUCAAUGGCAUCUCUAGGAUGUGUAGCGGCGAAAAAUAUAAUCCGCAGACCAACACAUGGGCCACUAUACCUGAUAUGUACAAUCCCAGGAGCAAUUUUGCAAUAGAAGUGAUCGACGAUAUGAUUUUUGCCAUUGGUGGAUUUAACGGGGUUACAACAAUCUAUCACGUAGAGUGCUAUGAUGAGAAAACGAACGAAUGGUACGAGGCUACUGAUAUGAAUAUUUAUCGCUCGGCUUUAUCCGCCUGCGUGGUAGACGGACUCCCAAACGUUCAAGAUUAUAUACAUAAGCACCGGGAUCGAUUGAUGGAGGAGAAAAGACAAAAAAUGAUCGCCAUAGAAAAUCAGCGGAACGCGGCUGGGAUUGGUAAUCACGACAAUGAUAACCAACAGGAGAAUAUUGCUGCUGCUGUUAAUGCUAAUAUGCAGCAGCUUAAUAUACUUCAACAGCUAAACGCCAAUCUAAAUCCGGCUUUGCCUCCGGCACCGGUACCAAACCCCGAGCCAAUGGACGUUGACGAGGAAGACAACUUGAGAUGAAAUGUUUUAAGUAAAACAUUUUUAAUAAAUAUGAUUGAUCUGCGUUCGUGGAAGAAAUUGCUAGCCUGGACGAUGAUGAGAUUUUUAAAGUAUUUUUUACAAAUGUAAGUUGACGGUUUUCCGGAGCGACUUUCCCAUCGGCCAGGAAGCAGGACACUAGACCGUUUUGGCAAUAAAUAUGGAAACCUUAAAUUUUUGUUUAAUAUGAUCCAAACGAAUUAGUAUUAGGGCCCCUUGUUAUGCCAUUGAAUUGGUAUCCAAUGUUUCGGCUUGAAAGUUGGGCAACUAUUUGUUUAUUAACAAUUAAUGUGUGACGAAAACAGCUUUUUGUAGCUGAAAUUAUGAUUUAUUGUUAAAAAAAAAAGUUUCAUUAGAAGAUAUGCGUCUUGAAAAAAUCUGUGGUUUGAAUGACAAGUAGAAUAUUCAUUAUUUUCCGCAUAAUUACUUUGUUAAUAUUUUUUAAAGCUUUUUUUAAAUAAUUUAUUUCCGAAAAUUAUGCAACAUCGAUUUUAAAUUGUUUAAAUCAUUUUUCAAACUUCAUCUCUCCGCACGUGCCAAAACAAACUAGAUCCUACAAUUUUGACGUCUCGCUUAAGUUUAAGGCGAGAAUAAAAUUUUUAAGAAAUAAAUUAUGCCUAACACUUGCAUUAAAAUGGCACGAGACAUACUAAACUAUACUAGCUUUUUUAAAAUUAUCUAUACCGAACUAAACUAAUACCUGAGAAAAAAAUAUGGCCAAUUGACAAUUCUUAAUAAUAAACAUUAAUUAUUCCUAUUUUUUUACUUUUCUUUUUUUUUAAAUUUAAUUCUCAACAAUUUCUUUAAUGGCACUUGCAUGUAUUUUUCAUGACCAAAU